GAGGAAUCGAAUAUAUCUGUAUUUGUUCGAUGUCGUUCAAGAAAUGAAAGAGAAAUUAAAGAAAAUAGUGGUGUGGUUGUUUCAACACUAGGGCAUAUGGGUAAAGAUGUCAUUUUAAAAACUGGAAAUCUGUCUUGUGGUAAAACUAAAACAUAUACAUUUGACAGAGUUUUUGGAUUUGAAUCGGAUCAAGAAACAAUUUUUGAUUCAGUAGCCUCUAAUUUUUUAGAUGAAGUCUUAGAUGGGUAUAAUUGUACUGUUUUUGCAUAUGGCCAAACUGGCACAGGCAAAACAUAUACCAUGUCGGGUGAUAUACAAAUUCCACCAAAAAACGAUUCUAUAAAACUUAGUGAAAAUGCUGGGAUAAUACCAAGAACAUUAGUAAAACUAUUCAAAAUUCUUAAAAAGUUUCCUGAGCACAUUGUAAAGGUUUCAUUUAUAGAAUUGUAUAAUGAAGAAUUAAAAGAUUUAUUACUUAGUGAGUACUCAAGUGAAAGAAGGGUUAAAAUAUAUGACGAUCCAAGCAAAAAAUCAAUUAUUGUGCAAGGAAUGGAAGAAAUUUUUAUCAAGAAUGCUGUGGAGGGUCUAAAAUUAUUAUCCGAGGGAUCUUAUAAAAGACAAGUCGCUGCUACUCAUUGUAACGAUCUUUCAUCAAGAUCUCAUACAGUGUUCACAAUAACAGUAAUGAUUAAACAAGAUAACGAUAACUCCAAAGAUACAAAUUUUAAUUUAGAUGGUGCCAAUGAAUACUAUAAGGUUGGAAAAUUGAAUCUUGUUGACUUAGCAGGAUCUGAAAAUAUAAAUCGAUCUGGUGCUGAAAAUAAAAGAGCUAGAGAAGCUGGAAUCAACAACCAGAGCUUAUUAACAUUAGGAAGAGUUAUCAAUGCUUUGGUGGAUAAUCUUUCACACAUUCCUUAUAGAGAAUCAAAACUUACAAGGUUAUUGCAAGAUUCUUUAGGAGGACAAACUAAAACUUGUAUAAUUGCUACGAUUUCACCAGCAAAAGUUAGCCUUGAGGAGACAUUGAGCACAUUAGAAUACGCAAAUAGAGCUAAAAAUAUAAAAAAUAAACCUCAGAUUAAUCAGUCUGUUUCUAAAAAACUUCUUAUUAAAGAGUAUAUUCAAGAAAUUGGAAAAUUAAGAGAUGAACUUUCUGCCACAAGAUUAAAAAAUGGGAUAUAUCUAUCAGCAGACAGCUACAAGGAAAUAACUGAAGAGAGUGAAAGUCGGAAAAUUAUGAUUGAUGACCAAAAACUACGAAUCAAUUACUUAGAAUCGAAUAUUAAAAAAAUUAAAGAAAAAAAUGAGGAACUGGCAGUAGAGUUAGAAAAGAAAACAUUACAGUUAGAAGCAUUAAAGGAAAAUUUUAGAAAUUUGCAGCAAAACUUUGAUGAGAUUGAAAAAAAUUUGAAAAUAUCAAUAAAGAAAUUUUUACUCGAAAGUAAAGUUAAAAUGAACCAUCAAAACAAUGAAAAACAAUUGGAAGAUAUUUCAUUAAAUUUAAUAAAUACUUUGAAUCAGAUACUGUUGCAAAAAAGCAAAAUGCACAACUUGAUUAUUUCAAAAAAUAUGCUACUAAAAAAGAAUUCUGUUAUCGUGCAAAAUUUGAAAAAAAAGACUAUAAAAUUAAAGCCUGAAUUGGAAAAAUACAUGAAAAACCAUUUUACAAAUAUAAACAGUCUUAGCUCCAAUAUCGAAGAAUUUAUUCAAGUGAAAAAUAGCGAUUUAGCUGAAUUAGCAGAUGAAUUGAAUAAAAUAUCGGAAAAAGUGAAGAAUAAUAUAAUUACUAUGACAAAUAAAACGGCUACAAACACAGAAAGCAUGAUUAAAAAUGUCACUGAGAUUCAAAAUAUUAAAAAGGAUAUUAAAGAAAAGAUUAUUUCAAGAUUGAAUGAAAUCUUGUCUAAUUUUAAAACUUUUGAGGAAAACUUAACCGAAAAUUUGUUAUCCAUUAAUCAAGAUUUAAAUGAUAAUUUUGCUAAAAUUAAAACAGAAAUAAACUCGACAUUCAACUAUAUAAGUGAUAGAUUGGUGGAACAGGAGCAACAAAUACAGGAUCUUAAGGGAAAGUUAAUAACUAGUAGAACCAGCUAUUCAAAUUUAUUGAAAAACACCACGAAGCAAAUAAUAGAUUUUAUUGCAAAUGAAGAUCAAAUUAGCAAAGAUUCAAAUGAUGUAUUGUUGAAAGAAAUAACGAAAUUGAUAGAAAAUCAUAAAACUAAAAAUAAUGAAAGAAUUCAAAAUAAUCUUAACAAAAUUUCAAAUAAAUUAGGAGAUAUUAGCAAUGGGUUU